AUGCCAGAAAUGAUUAGUUUUCUGCUUUAUCUCAGUUUUAUUCUCUUGUAUGCUUAUGGGAUGCAUAGGUGAGGCGUAAAAACUACAUUGUGUUUUUUUCGCCGACUUUUUCAGUCAAAAGUAACUCAAAAAAUGAUUUAGUAUUAAAAACAUAAUGGUUAAAAGUAAAAAACUGCAAUUUAAGGGUUGAAAUAGCAUAACGGCGAAGGUUUGCCUAAUAAAAGAUGGAAAAACAGCAUAAAUUUCUUAUCAUGCAUAUGCAUGCCAUUUUGAAAUUUGAUAUGUGGAAACCAAAUAUGGGUUUCAAAACGCAGAUUUUAGUGCGGCAAAUUCAUAAUUUGAAAUUUCAUAUGAAAAUGGCGCGCAUAACGGCCAUAAGAAAUUUAGCCAAGGAAUCAUAGUUUCCAUUGAAACUUAAUUUUUAAAUAGUAUAAAAAAACUACACUGUGAAAAAGAUAAAAGCAUGAAAUCAGAGCGAAAAUCCUAUGAUAAUAAGCAUAUGAAAUAAAAUUAUGAAUAGCUAUUUAUUAAAUUUAAAUAAGACACAAAAGGCAUAUAGAAAAUGAAAAAACAUAGAAUUUAAAAUACUAAAAAUUAGUAUGAAAAAAUUGGUAUGAAGAACUUCUAAUAAUUUCCUGAUGGUGAAAAAGUACUCUGUAUUUGAUACAUAUUACUAUAAAUCAUCAUAAAAUAAAACAAAUUCCACUGCAUAUAGCUCCUGCACUGGUGUAGAUCAUCGUCAUUGAAAAGGCAACUGUUCCAAUGGACUUUAUUCUUACACAUCUUAGCCCAAACCCUCACUAUUUAGAGUAAUAUUCAGGAUUUUAAAAAAAUAUCAUGAUUUUACUGCCUGAAAGUGGGAAUUUCGCGUUAAAAUGGAUUUGCCCAAAAUUAGUGAAUUAAAAAUAUGUCAAAAAUGUUUGGCAAGCGUAACUAAUUUGACAAGUAAGGAGUCAUAAUAAUAAAAUGGUAUCAGCGGGCUCAGUUCUCUUCGAGAACUAUUCCCUCUUUAAUAAUUUUUUUUUAUUGUAGGAUAUGCUGUUUUUGGGCAAAAAUGCACCGUUGUGUUUUGUUCAAUCCACUUCACAGUUUUUUACUUUUUCACUGUCAUGAUUUUAAUACUAAAAACAUUUUUGGAAAUUUCAGUCACUUUUGACUGAAAAAAAGGCGGAAAAAAAUAUUAAACAUCACCCAUGCAGAUCUCAAGUUCAAAUUUGUUACCAUAUUCUUCUUCCAACCCCUUUUCGGAUCCCGCAGACGAGCUCUCUGUGCAGAUGUGCAAGAAGUAUACUUGCAAACUCCCUACGCAAGAAUUUGUUAGUUCUACCUGUGGAUACUAUGGUGGAACUGAACCUACAGUUUAUGCUCAGCCUUGUCCUAAUUCUUCUACUUACUGCAAAUUAUACUGAUUAUCCGAAUUAUAAGCCUUAUCCUAUAAUAAAGUUCUCUUUUUCUGCUAAAUUCUGCUUUCCACAAUUCUUAUUUUUAUAUUAUUCUUAAUUAAAAGAUUAAAUACAACCUCCUUAAAUUACACUUGCCAACCGUUCAUUCCAACUUAUUAUUCCUUUCCAGGUGACAAAUGUAGUCCUGACAAAGAAUGCUACGAAGGAUAUUCGCAGUCUUGCACUGAUGGCAUUUGUGUCGGCCUUAAAAAAGGAAAACCCUGCACAUCAAGCUACCAAUGUGACCCAAACAGCUCCUGCAGAAAUAUUGAUGGAACUUUACAAUGUGCGCCUUUAUUAGAAAUCGGCCAAACUGGCUGUUAUAAAGAGUUUGACUGUGUCUAUAACGCAGGCUGCAAUGUUACAUCGACUACCGAUUUGUCGAAAAAUACAUGCAUACCUUACGGCUCUAUUCCUCCUGGCACUGAAAUUUCGAUAGAAACCUGCUCUUGGUCAGAAAACCUCUGCAGCUCACACAUUUGUGUGCAGAAAACUGCUGGUGAUGAGACUGCGAUCUGCAGUGGAAAUAUUGAAUCAAGCAGCCAAAUGCCAGCUUCAUGCAUAUUACCCGCAGGAACUACUCUUCAAUGCCAAUCAAAACUCGAUAAUUAUACAGACACAAUAUCUCUGUCAAACUGCUUGUGUGGGUAUAAUAGUGGCGGUAAUUCAUAUUGCGAGCUAUUCCCCGGUGAUGUUCCAAUGCAAGCUUAUUAUAGAGAGCUUAAAAAAUGGCAGGAAAGCAGCGCUAUCAAGAAUUGCAAUACUUAUUGGAGAUAUCCAAUUGAUAACGGCGAAAAUUUGCUAUGCAUAAAAAAUAAUUAUGAUAAAGCCAGAUAUGAAAGCUUGUAUUACUGGUAUUUGUACAGUACAGUAUACAGUGCAUUUUUUCUCUUGUAUUGUCAUUUUAAAUAAUUUUUUGAUUGGUAAGUCUAGGUUUUAGAGGCUAAUAAAAAAUAGACAGAAUUUAUGCAUGGUCAGAAAAUAUACAAUUUUUAAUAGUCUUUACCCACAAAUAUAUGGGGCCGAAGAUUGUGUACUAAAAACAUUUUUCCCUGAUUAUUUUCAGGCUGGAGAAAAUGGAGGAGAUGGGAAGGAUAGCAGUGCGAGAGGGAUAGCUUUGGUCUCACUUUUACUGAUUCUUAAUCAUUAA